UUUACCAUUAUGCAUUAAGCUUAUUUCAUUUUUUUUUACCAAAGAUAUUGAUGUCAUUUUUUACUACUUGCGGAAGAAAGGCAAGUACGACAAGGCUAACGGUUUCAAAUUCACAACCGUUAACGUAUGUUCUUCUCCAAAAUUGACGAAAUUCAUCAUGCUGUUGUUAGAAGAGAAAUACGCAAGAUAGCUACCCUAUUGCCACAUCAUCUACAUUUGUCUGGAUUUUACGAGAAAAAAAAAGGCAUCGAUUGGAUUAACCACCCAUCAUACAAGGGCAAACAACAGACUGAUGACUUUGAUGUCAUGUAUGUGAACGACUUGCCACAACAAGCCUCUGGUAGCAUGGAUUGUGGUGUGUAUGUUGCCGCAUUUGCUGAAUACUUUUGUUCUGGACGAGGCGUUCCAUCUGAAAUUGACGCAGAAUUACUACGUAAUAGAUACGGGGCAUUACUAUGGGAAUACGGAUGGCAAAAGGCUGAUUUGAAUGCCUUCAGUGACAAUGAACUGCCGCCAAGACUAGUUAGGCCUGCAAUAGAUUACAACGCGGUCGACACAGUAGUUGUUAAUUAGCCCACUAGGGUUUAAUGUUGAAUCGUUUUCACAGUAUUGUUUUGCUGACCAAUUUUGUACAUUUUGUUGUGUUGUUUUGUUAAGAAUUGACAAAUUGCAGUGUUUUUUCAUCAAUG